AAUGUUGCGAAUUAUUUAGCGUUAAGUACCUGUAAGCUCCCACAAGAUUAUGACAACGUAACAGAAUGGUCGGACGUUACUUUUUGGUAAUAUUUCAAAAAGUCCAUUGAAUCCAUCCUAAGUGCAAUUAUGAUAGAUUUGCAAAAACCAGAGAAGAAACUAAAAUUGGUUAGAAGGUCCGGUAAUCGAUGGCUAUGAACGAAUUGUAGGAGCUGCGUGUGGAAAAUUAGAGCAAAGGCACUGAAAAAGCUAGUAGCUUAUCGGGAUCUUCCAGAAAUUCACUAAAAGUCUCUGUAAAUAACCAUAAUUUUAAUGAGACUGUAUUUCAUCCCAAUUAAUUAGUCUCAAACUAAUCAACUUCAUUUCAUUUCGAUAUAUAUCAUUUUUCAUAAAACAGAAUAUACAAGUGAUUAGGCAGCCUGGUAUGAUACUCUUGCCUUUCCAGUUGGUAAAAUGAAAUUACUAGGUACUACUGCCCGUCAAUGUCAUAUGUCAAACUCAUUUUAGGGUUAUGUACCCCAUCUUUCUGUUCGCAAUAAGUUUGUUUACAUGUAUGCAUAUUUCUGUCAAUAAAUACCUACAUGAAAAUGGCAUUGUUUAAAUCAUUUUUUGCCCGGCAAAUGUUAAGCACUCAUCAGGCAGUACUCUCCACAAUCAGGACACAAUCCUCCAACCUCAAACCAGACCCAGAUGCCCCAGUUGAAAUGGAAAAUCCAUUCAAAAAAGAACUGAAACAAUGUAUACUCUGUAAACUUAAUAUAGACCCCGAUUACAAGAAUUACAGAUUAUUAUCGCAAUUUCAAUCUCCGUACACGGGCAGAAUCUACCCGAGGCAUAUAACUGGUCUAUGUAAAAGAAAACAGAUGCAAGUGGAGCAGGAAAUAACCAAGGCUCAGGAUUUAGCCUAUAUGCCGUACACUUACAAACAUAAAAUAUUUUUGAAAGAUCCAAAAUUGUUUGACCCUGAAAACCCAGUGCGUUCUCAUAGAUUUUAAUUUUAAUUUUUUUAAGUUAAUGAUUUUUAGUUAGUUAGCGUAAUAAAAUGUUAAAAUAAAUACUUGUUU